AUGUACCUACUACUAUUUACUGGGUAGUCUGACUGAAAAUAAGCCCAAUCCAGCCGGCAAAGCGGCAAUUGCAGCAAUUAUUGAAGAGAGAGAAGGACCAGCGCCGUCGCGUUAUUUCUUUCCAACGAAAAUAAUUUUACAUCUUCAUCCAACAUUAAACUAUUAACCAUUAAUUCACUAAUUGAAUCAGUCCAUCACCAAUUCCAUCUCCUAAUUUCUUGUCGAUAAACGCCUUUUUCAUAUAUAUUAAACAGCAACAGUUAUGAUCUUAUUUGCCAAGCCUGUUGACAGGGUUAGAACGGCAUAGUAAAACGCUUGUUUUCCAUUCUUUAUUCGUAUUCAUCAAUCCUUUACCACCUACUUCAUAGGCUACAUGUAUGUACUGUACUAAAGUCUUGCGCCCUACACGAAACUGUCUGUAUCUUAGGUGGAACCGAUAAUCCACCACCCACCAACCACCCAUCAAUCGUUCGACCAGCCACCCAACCAUCCUCUACCAGGUAACCCAGACCACCGCCUUGGCAUCUAUCACCGCCCACUGCGUCGGAAUUCCGAAUCGCGCAAGCAUAGAAUUAUAUCCUCCGGCUUGCUUUGCCUUGCCUCGUUUCGUACUCUAGGUCUACGGCAUAGUAUCAGGCGAGCCGACAAAAGAAAAAGAGCAAUACUGACAUCAUUGCGCGUCCGGUUGCUCCCGCAAUGUCUUCUGGGCCGGCUGGUACUCAAGGGGCCGCCAAUUCGGUGCCCCAUAGCCAAGACCAAUCGUCGCAGGGAGGGGCAGUCAAUGAGGUGAACAAUGAAAAAAAUGUCCAACAAGUUUCGGAUGACCACCUACCCCCUGAAGAUGGAGAUCAUCCCCGUAUAGAUAGCGCCAAUGAGAAGCGAGAAGAGCCAAAGCAAGACGAACCAACUCCUCGGCGUAGCACCUUGAAGAAUAAGGUCAAAGAGCGCAAGGACAAGCUCAAGACCAAAGCCAAGCCACCAGGUGGCUUCGACCCGACGCCAUUUCCUGAUGCGCCGCCGGGUUAUACGGUGAAAUUUACUUUUCAUAGAGCCGAAAACUUGCCUGCCGCCGACUUCAGCACGGGAUCAUCAGAUCCUUUCCUUACAGCUACUUUAACUACUUCAUUACCGAAACGGCAUAGAGAAGAUCCUGAUCUCGUCUACCGGACCCGCACCUUCAGGAGAACCCUCGAAGCCAAAUGGGAACAGGAUUGGAUUGUUGCUAAUGUUCCCUCGUCUGGAUUCAAGCUCAAGUGUCGCUUGUACGAUGAGGAUUGGCCCGACCAUGACGACCGCCUGGGGAAUGCGACGAUUAUCGCCGGUGGCCUCAGUGAGGACUGGGAGGGGUUCCGAGAGAAGGAGUUCGAGGUUAAGAAGCGUAGCGGUAGUAAGCGCGCGUACAUUCUCAAAGCCUGCACGAGCGCCUUCACCAAAGACGUAUCUAUGACCCCCAGGUUGUAUAUGAGUGCUGUUGUACUAGGACAAUCAGAUCCUCCUUAUGGUCAUAUGUAUACGGUUGGUCCUACUUACUACUUCAAGCAUUUCAGCCCCAUGAUUGGCCUCAUGACCGGCAUCAAGGUCAACAUUGAUGAAUCUAACGAUGCUGCGUCUGCAUCGGACUCCCAGGGAAAUGGAAAUGGAGAUGGAGAUGGCAAACAAGUAGAAAAGAGGGUUCAGAAGUACGAUUUUCAAACAAAUGAGAUACAGUUGGUUGGGCCUGUCGGCGAAAGAUUGUAUCAUAGGUUUGUUGAAUUCCGGCCUAUCAUUGGUCUCCUGUUCAGAGGUCGCGGACUACGCGGCAAGAUUUUGAACAAGGCUCUCCAUCAUCAACACCGUCGUUUGUAUAACUUCGACAAAAGUACGCAGUUUGGUACUUUCGAGCCGUGCUCCGAAGAGGCCAGCCUUCAAUUUUUGAAAAUGGCACACUUCGAUGAGGGGAGUCGUACCUUCACCUACACUAUUUCUCUCGACGGGAUGAUGCGAUUUUGUGAAACGGAUGGUGGUAGCUUCGGAAUAGACUUACUCAGUAAGCACACGAUGCACAGCGAUGCAUCGGUUUAUAUUGCAUGCUCAGGGGAAUUUUUCAUCCGGAGGUCAAAGAAGCACAAGGCCCCCGAAGAUCCUGAAUCCAUUGAGCCGGUUCAAUCUGAUGGCCAUGCCCAGAACGAUCACCCGAAAGAAUCUCGCACGGCGCGACCGGAAUAUUAUCAACUCAUCAUCGACAAUGAUAGCGGUACCUAUCGCCCGGACAAGUCGGUUUUACCUGACCUGCAAAAAUUACUAGAGCGCAACUUCCCCGGCCUCAACAUUCUCACACUAGCAUGUGAUGAUCCAGAGGACCAGAAGCUCAAGGAAGAACAGGCCAAAGCGAAGAAAAAGGCAGGCGGUACUGUCAACAUGGUUCUCAACCGUAGCCCAAGUGCUAGUUCAUUUAGCUCCGACGACCUCAGUGACCUCGAGGAUAUGGAACGAGCAGGUGGUGCAGGGCGAAAGAGCAAGAGGGAGAGAGCAUGGGAUUUACUUGAAGAACCGCGACGAAUCAAGGAGUUGGCUGGUAAACAGUCGGCGGCCGCUAACUCAAGUGGACCAAGCGGACCAAGCGGGAGUGGCACAAAGGCCUGAUGAGUUGGUCUCACUAUAUCGACUUCCCUUACAAUUUCUAUUAUCAUGGCGUUCCUGCGAGCGGGAGUCUGUUGGGUAUUGAGAUCUGUUCUUCCUACGACCUUGGUGAAAUAGGCGGCUGAGUUGACUUCGAUGCUGGAAACACACAAUUGGUAGAUUUCUCUACUACUCUUUUAUUUUGUCUUGAUUCCCCAAUUACAUUUUUAAUCACGCAUCUCAAGAUGUGGUGUAUUCUCACAUUUCACGUUUCUAAUGACUCCCUCUUCAAUAGCUUAAUUAAUAACAAUACCAAUAGUUGGUCACAAUGAGUUUCUCUUCAAGUAUAUAGUAAGCUAAUCUACAUAGUAUUCAACGCACUAGAUGAAUAUACAGGUCUUGGUCGUAUCGGUGUGUUAUUGAUAGGCUUCAGGAACUAUGCGCGUUAGGGCAUGCGAGGGGGUAGAUAGGGG